AUGGCAAUACCUUGGACGGUGAGGUCCAAGUAUAUUCUGAAUUCCUAAAUGCAAUCAAUGGUAUUAUUUAAAUGUCUUAAGUAUAAACUCUUGAUAUGGAUAUUUGAAAGAGCAUAGUUGGAGAGUUCUGUCCAUAACUUUUAUAAGGAAGCAAACUAUUAAUUAACUUUUAUAAUAGUAUGAAUCCAAUGGAAUGAUUGGUUAGGAGAGUAUUCCUUGUAUUUUAUCUAUGUCCAUGAACAACUAAACAGCUGUAGAGUAACAAUAAGAAAUCUGGCCUCUAAAUACAUUUAUGCUCCUGAUUUUUUGGUUUUCUUUUUAUUAACACUUGUGUCUAUCUUUUAAAGUAUAAAACUGCCAGUAGAUUAAAUGGACUUUGCUGGAAUAACUUGGACGCAAGUAGCAAGCAGCUGGAUGUUUUUAACAGUAAUGUGUGUACACCUACAGCCUUCUAUGAUCCAUACGAAAUACAGGUAUAUUAUUUAAUCAGGUUGAUUUAGAAACAUCUGUUUCAUUCCCUCUCUGUUUUCAAAGUUCUUUUCUGAGGUCAGUGAUAUUUCUGCUGUGUAUACAUGACAUUGUAAUUUUGAUCCAUAAAUGUAUGUCCCCUUUCUCUUCGCACACAGCUACUUAAUAAAAUCGCUGCAGCAUUAAAGGGACUCUCCAGUGCCAGGAAAACAAACAGUUUUCCUGGCACUGCAGGUCCCCUCUCCCUCCCACCCCCCAUCCCAAGUUGCUGAAGGGCUAAAAACCCCUUCAGUGACUUAACUGUAUCCAGCGCCGAUGUCUCUCGACGCUGGUUCAGGGUCCGCCCAUGCUCCUCCCCCUCGACGUCAUCUGGCGGGGGAGACCUAUUGAGCAUGCACGGCUGCCGGCGGGGGAGACCUAACGCGCAUUAGACCUCCCCAUAGGAAAGCAUUGAAAAAUGCUUUCCUGUGGGGAUUUCAGAGAUGCUGGAGGUGCUAUAAACACGGAAGUGCCCCCUAGUGGAGGAGUUAACCCUGCAAGGUAAAUAUUGCAGUUUAUAAAAACUGCAAUAAUUACACUUGCAGGGUUAAGGGUAGUGGGAGUUGGCACCCAGGCUACUUCAAUGGGCAGAAGUGGUCUGGGUGCCUGGAGUGUCCCUUUAAGCCCUUUUCCUGCCAUAUGUCAGAAGAGGAAACCAAACUUUCACCUUUGCCUGUGCCAAUAUACCUGUAUGGUGUGUGUAAACCAUUAAGUCCACCUCCCUUUGCUGCACUAAAACAGCCUUAAUAAAAGUAGUGCAUAGCCACAUUCUCAAACCUGUGAGAAGUGGUUGAAAUAUAAUUUCAUUGUAGCCGCUUGCUAUGGCAGAACCAGAUAUCCCAUAAACUCUUCUGGAACACCGUAUUAUGUGAUAAGAUCAUACCCCAUAAACCAGCAUGUGAGAUUCCUGAUAAGUAAUGGCUUUUUUUUGCUAUGGGCAGUUUCAUUGAGAAAUCACCUGCCUUUACACUUUAGCUUCACUGAGCUAAGCAAACCAGAAUGUAAUAGGGCCUGUUGUCUGAUUUAAAGGGACAAUGUCCCUGUUGCACUUAGUGAAACUGCAAUGUUUACAUUGCAGCACCAAGUCUGCCUCCAGUGGAUGUCCACUCGAGGCGCUUCCUGGGUAUUAACGGAUAUCCAGAGUCCGCUAUUUCCCUCAUAGGAAAGCAUUUAUUCAAUGCUUUCCUAUGGGGAGACCUCGUCAAGUGCUGGGUCUGGUAAGUAAAUAAAACGUUUUUUGUGUGUGUGUUGGGGAUGUGCAAGGGAGGGGGUAGCCAGAGAGAUCUAUACUGUCAGGAAUACAGCUUUGUAUUCCUGGCCCUAUAGUAUCCCUAGGUUCAUUUAUUAAAAAAAAAAAAAAAGAGAGAGAGAGUAAAUUUCUCUUGACAUCUGUACUAUUCAUAAAAUGGAAAAAAAAAAAAGAGGACACACUCUUCACACAUAGAGCAUUUCGGCAAGCUGGAGUGUCCCUUUAAUGUACAGGUCAGUUAGUGUUAUGACUAGGGUAAACUUAGAUUAGAUAUAUCUACUAAACAGUGAAAGGUAGGUGUAAGGGGCAAAGUUAGUUACAGUCAGGGUUAAGUUUAGUUAGGGUUUUCUAGGGCCAGUCUAGUAACCAGUGAACAGUAAAUUAGUGUUUAACAAUCAGUCAACCUGGGAGCUAUUCAGAGUGUCGGGCCGAGUGCCUGCUGGUCAGACUUGGCUCUCGGAUGGUACAAGCAGAAUGUCUACAGCUAUUGAUGGAUGUCUCAUUUAGAAUUCUUUCCAUUAACACAGCGAUGAUCCUUUUAAUGUUUAUUACUAUAUGCUACUUGUGGCGGACCCUGUGCUGUAUUCCCCUAUCUUGUUCCCAAAGGAACUAUAAUCACCCCUGGUUCAGUGCCUUCCCUUCUUCCGAAUGUAACUCCUGAACGCUCAUGUUCCCUGGCAGGCAUUCGUGCCCAAAGAGCCGAAAGAUUCCAAUCGGUUGUUGGUCGAAAAACCCCUGCUCACCUUUUUGUCUUACUUCCCGACCUGCCAGGAGAGCGCUAUUUGGAGGGAAAGUACUACAGACUAAAGGGAAUCAUCGCUCCCAGAGAAUUAAGGCCACUUUUAAAUUGGAACUAUUUUGGGAUUUGUCCUUGUGUGCGGCUGGUCAAAAUUUUACCCCAGUGGCGAUUGGGCAAUUCUUUAUGAAUCCAGACGCUAUUUGGACAACUUGGGCGCUCGGACAAGAGCUAUCCGGGAAUGUAUGACAUUCAGGGUUUCUGUGUUAACCGUAUUUUGGGGUGUUUUAUGUUUGGUACUCUGUAUCGGGGAGAUAAUUUGUUUAGCGGACUGCUACAUUUUCUCCCAGGCACAUACAUCUUGGCGGGUACACUGUGUUGAAUAGAGACCCCAUUGAAUAAAGCGCUCCCUCUUUCGGAUACCCAAACAUCAUGACUUGAUGAAGAGUACGUCUCCGUGUCUGGGAGAUAAGUGAGUUUGGUUUGGCUUAAACUAAUUAUCUCCCAGAAGCACGAGGUACAACAAGUGAAACCUUAGAACAUAAGUAAAAUAGACUGGAACCCCCACAUAAUUUUAUAUCCUUAUAAAAUAUAGCACGGUUCUGAGUGCCCAAGUUGUCCAAAUAGUGCUCAGAUCUGUGUAGUGUAGCCGUAUCGCCACCAGGGUAACGUUCGGGUCAAUUUAUCGGGAGUUACUGAGGACAAACAAAUACGAGCCGCCCUUGGCUCUCAGGCAGCGAUUGGUCGCCGUAGUCCAGGGCGCCUCCCCUCCAAUUGCCGCUCUCUUGAUUGGCCGGGAAAGGGGUAGAAACGGUGAUGGGGAACUGGGAAACGGAUGGUGGAGUUGCUGAAAAGAGUUCUGGAGGUUUUGUGGCUACAAGCCGCUAGUAGCGUUCGACAGUAGCAAAAUGGCUGCCAAAUGCCAGUGAGGGAGUGUUCGGCAGAAUUAAAGUACCAGACCAAGGCAAAGUUAAUUCGGCUAAAACUGGGAACGUUAACUAGGGAAGUUCUUCACAAUCACUAACCAGCAGCUACGAGGAGGGAUCAGCAGAGAUACCCAGUCUGGUUAUUGGAGCUCCACUACACUACUAUUUAAAGGGUUAGUCCAAGCACCAUGACCACUUCAGUGAUUUAAAGCUGUUGUGAUGCUUGGAGUCUGUGUUUGUUUGUGCAACAUUUUAAACUGAAACACUGCACAUAGAGUUAUAGCCUUUUACUGCUGGAGGUGUAUCACCACCUUCAGCAGCGUCAUUAGUUAGACUGGAACAAGAGUUCUGGAUCUACAAAUGUUAUUUCUAUGAAUAUUUUAUGUUUGUUGUCAGCACUGGAAACAGAUGUUCAGUGAUUGCACCGCCCACCCGAGUCCUCCCCUCAGCCAAUCCUUUCUGACAUCACUUCCCCUACAGUAAGGGGAGUGAUGUCACCAGAGGAGGAUUGGGCAGCAGAGCGAACUUGAUCUUGGCUUGGAAUCACAGGUAAGACCAUGCCAAUAGGGUUACGCAAACCCCAAAACAUUUUUUGUAAUACUUUGUGUUGCUGCUGUAUUUGUACCUUUUUUCCAAUGUAAAAUAAAUAAUGUGACUUUGCAGAAUAUUGAGACUUCAGCAGCGAAUCCGACUUAUGAAUCUUCAGCCCCUACAACUUCUUCAGAUUAUUCUACAAAUUCAUCCAAUGCUUCACUUUUCAACACACCGUGGUCUACCCAUGGAGAUGAAGUAAAACAAACUAGUAGCUUGCAGAUCAAGAACAAGUAAGUUCAGAUGUCUUGUUUGUAGUAAUAUAGCUACACAUAUUUUUGCGGCAGAGGGAUGCUCUCCAAAUCUGUGGUUAUGUGUGCUACAUUGUCGCACGGUAAUCAACAUAGCAGUUUUCCACUGUUUGACAUCUCACCUAGCAGAAAUUUACUAUAAGGAAGCACUACACAUCAAUCAUGUUGAAAAGAUUUUUGUUUUUUAGAUUCUCUAGUAUGACUGGAGUUGGGUUAUAUAAUAUUGCUUGGUAUUCUGUACAGGCAUACCCCGCUUUACAUACACUCGCGAGUACAGACAUACCCGCGAGUGUACUUUAAAGGUGCCUCGCGAGUACAGACAUUCCCGCGCCUCUUCUCUUUGCGAGUAAACAGUAAAUGGAAGGUUCUAUUCUCGCCUGGAGCAGCUUAGUUCAGUAUCAUUGGGGCAAGAAUUUUUCAUAGCUUCUGACAUGACACAGGUUAAUCAUCUCAAAUUUAUAAUGCCUACUCUUAGCUGAACAUAUAUUUUUUUUUCCUGCCCAUACAUUGUCCAUAUUCUACAAUCGGCUGCCAUCCAGUGAAAGGGAUGCCAUCCAUUUUCUAUAACUAUGACUUUGCAGCUUAGCUGCAUUAGCCACAAUUCUGAGGACUCAAAGUUAAACCAUAAAUGCUUGAAGUGAUGAGAUGUUUCUAAACAAAGUGUGCAACUAAGCUGCUAACGAAUACAAAUUGGCACUGUAUUGAUUUUACUUUUCCUCCCAGUUUAAGGUUGUCAGAUGAGUAAAACAUUAAAGAUAAAUGGUAUAAUCUGGAAUGAGAUUCUUCUUUUUUUUACUGUUUGUUUUAACUGAAUAAAAGCCCACUGGAAAUCUGCAGUUGCAGUAUCAGUUAUGCCUGUAAAUUACUAUUGCAGUGCAGUACAUGCAUUGGGAAGUGAAAAAAGGUAUUGCUUCACUUUGAGUACAUGUUCUUUUACAUACAUGCUCUGGUCCCAUUGUGUACUUAAAAGUGGGGUAUGCCUGUAUAGAUUUCACGUUUAAUCCAAUGGUUGCACAACAUGAGUUACUUUAGAAUAGUCGGUGGUGAAAGAGUUUUUUUGACAUAAAGGACAUGUGCCAGAGGAGAUUGAUAUACAAAGGGAAACAAUGUUUUAGGUAGAGCCCAAAGGAAACUAUAGUCAUGAGUGCAGAUGGAAAGGAUGAGCACAAGUAGAGGUGGUGAACGACCUGAAGAAAAGGGAGCAGACAUUAACGAUUUAAAAGAUGGAUAAAAGGGUAUGAUCUGGAGAUGUAGAGGUAGGAGAGAACUGAUAUAUAUUGGGUAAUUGAAUGUAUGGUAGGUGUUGUGUUCUUUUAAAAGACCUAUGUAUGGGAUUUAUCCAGCUCUAAUCUGAACCAACUAAUGACCUCUUCCAUUUUAGGAUUCAAGAUGAAAGGAACGAGUAUGACAGUGAGAUGGAUUUAUAUGGACUUGUAUCCAAUAUUCUGGAAGAGCCAGAAAAAACACAUCCAUAUUUAAAUGAAGGGUUGGUGUUUGUUUUAUGUCUAAGUGUUUGCAAAUUAUAAUAAUGUCUGGGUUUAUUGGUUUAAAUCCCCAGAUUUUGCAAAUAAAAUAACCACUAGAAAAGCAAUCUAAGUAGAGGAUAUGAGUGAGUCAUCUACUGGUGUCAUUUAACAGACCAAAUAAAAUACAAUUACAUAUUUAUUGUGGCAGGAAAAUAGAUUUACGUACGUGAAGAACAUUUUUUGGCAACUUCCUGUUGCUGAUGACAAUAUUUUAAAUUUACCAUUUCAGUUUGGCAAUUCAAGCUUUCUUUUUAAAGGGACACUAUAGUAACUGAAACAACUUUUGCUUAAUGAAGCAGUUAUAUUGUAUAAAUAAUGCCUUUGCAGUCUCACUGUUCAAUUAUCAGCCAUUUAACUUUAAUCACAAACAUUAACAGUGCACAAGAUACAAAUUAAACCGAAUGCGCAUUAAGAAAAUUUAAACAUUAGCUCUUACUUUACAGAAAGUGUUUCGGAAGACCUUUUGAGACAUGAAGGGAGCUGUAACUAUGGCUGUGUAUAUAAAGUGAUUUAACUACUAAAUGGCAAAGAAUUGAGCAGUAAACUGCAGAGGCGUGAUCUAUGCUCCAAAACUGCUUCAUUAAGCUUAAGUUGUUUUAGUGACUACAGUGUCCAUUUAAAGCACCCUCCAAGCACCGUAACUACUACAGUGCUCGUGCCACCUCUUUCAUGAGAGCUGGCAAUCCAGGAUGUAGCUUAUUGGCGGAGAGCAUCCUGCUGACUUUCUCUGCUACUGACCUGGUUUUUCUCAGGAGAGCUUUUGGCUUUCCAUAGAGGAAGAGCACCCAGUGGACCACAGGUAAGAUGUCAAACCGUUCACAAACUGCAGUGGUUAAGAGGCUUGGAGGGUUGAUUUAAUGCUUUUCUCAAUGCUUGUGUUCUAUCUGUGAUUUGUUAACUCCUUAAAACCGGAGGGCGUACUAUUACGCGAUAUUCUAAGCGGCUCUAAACGCCGAGGGCGUAAUAGUACGCCCUCACGGUUUUUGUUACUUACCCGGUUGCCGGCGAUCGCUGUUGGGGAGACUCACCUGGGAUCCUGCCUCCUCCGGUUUUAGCAGAAAAUGUUCAGUUUAAUGAAUAACAUUGUUUUUCCCUUUAUGGAAAUUAAAGCCAAAUCGUUAAAUAUUCAGAUAUGACAAAGAAAUACCCUCAUUAAUAUCUAAAACCUCUAUAAAUGGACUAAAGUGAGUGCAAAUCAUGUGCGGUGAUGAAACCUGUACAUGGGGUGUACUGUUUUACUCGGGAGACUUUGCUGAACACAAAUAUUAGUGUUUCAAAACAGUAAAAUGUAUUACAACGAUGAUAUCGCCAGUAAAAGUGAUGUUUUUUGCAUUUUUCACACACAAACAGCUCUUACACGGAUGAUAUUAUUGCUGUGAUACUUUUUACUGUUUUGAAACACAAAUAUUUGUGUUCAGCAAAGUCUCCCGAGUACAACAGUACCCCUCAUGUACAGGUUUUAUGGUGUUUUCAAAAGUUACAGCGUCAAAUAUAAAGUUUGUGUUUUUUUUCACAUUAAAAUUUGCCAGAUUAGUUACGUUGCCUUUGAGACCCUAUGGUAGCCCAGGAAUGAAAAUUACCCCUAUGAUGGCAUACCAUUUUGUGGGAAUAUUUAUGGGAUAAUAAUAGUAACAGUGAGAAUUGCCCACUAAUUCAAUUCUCAGAUCCCAAAGAACGUUUAUCGUGUUAAGUGAAAUGUAUUUCAUAUAAAUAAUAUUCACGAUGUAUAAAAAUAGAUUUUUAUUUAUAUGACUAAUUAAUAAACAAAUAAUAUUAUGUAACAUGCAUAACAAUAAUCAAUGAAUAUCCAGUACAAAAUUAUAUGCAAUACAAAGGAAUGGGUAUUACGUUUCAAUGGCUAACUAGCAUUUUCUGUCAAGAAUUCUGACGAUUUAUGAGGUAUCCUUAACACAGACUUAAGUGAAACUUUUCACAGCGAAGAACAGAAUUCCUUAGAGUGCAGCGUAAGGUCGUAAAGUUUAGCAGACAGUUAGAAUAACCCUUUCAAUGCUGGCUAGAUCUCCUAGGUAUUUAAGAUCUAUUCUUAUGUAAUUUUUAAAUAAAAUAACAUUUAAACCAGUUCAUUAGUCAUUUCCUGAAAACCAUCCAAUAAGAGAAUCUAAUAUAUUUAUAUAAGAAGAUUUUUAAUUUGUCUAAAAGAUAUCUAUCUUAAUUUAGAGCAAAUCAAUACACCUGGAUAAAAACAGCGGUAUGCUAACACGUGAUAAUAUCACAUCAAUAUAUAAUUAUUCUUAAUUCCACCUGCAGAAUGGAAUGUUUAUAACUAUAUAUUCUUAGUUAACUAAGAUUUCUUAAUAUGGAAAUCUGACCGUGCUUUAUCCAGUCAUAUAUAAUGCUAUUAAUACAUUUUAAUUAAUUUAAUUUAAUUAAAUGAAACCAGUAUAAUUACCAGUUGAGUAGAUAUUUCAUCCGAUUGGUAGUCUCAGGAACUUAUUUGGAUGUCUCUCUCUGCAUGGAGGUUGGAGUCCCCAAACUUCCAAUUCCUCUCUCCUCUUUUUCUUUGCAUAUCUCUUGGAUCUCCUCUUCUCGUAUAUCUCUAUCUUCCCUUUGUCUUAACUUUUAAAGGGCCAGACUCUCUGUACGUCAUCAGUUGAUAACCCAAUAGAAGCACUAGAGGUGUGGUUAUCUUCUAGAUCGCAAAUUAGUUAUUUGGUCUAUAGAGGGCAGUCUUGUCCCACUAAACAUACCUAUCCAGGAAAGAGUUGACUUUUCCUGGUGGUUAUUUUGACGUCAUUUUGGCCUAUCUAGAUAGUGGCCAUAAUUCAGAUUUCAAAGGGUUUCUUAAAUUUUGUCCAGACUUAGCGUCUGCAAUUCCUGCCAUAAUUUCUGAUAUGGCAGAUCAUGAAUUAAGUUUACCCUUUUCCAUACAAUGGUACCUUAUAUAAAUAGACAGUUAAAUAUUAUUAUUUAAUCUUCUCUGUCACAAUUGUCUGGGUUUAGAUUUGAUUAUAUUCCAUUAGCAUUAGACAGUCUGUCCAACCCCCUUCCUUAUCACUUGUUUAUACUAUGCUAUGCAUUCCUUAGCUCUGGCAAAGAGGCCAGUCUUACAGAAAGAAAUCUAGUGUCUUCUUUGUUAACUUGAAAUAACAAAAUGGAGUCUGGUCUGUUCAGAGUGACUCAGAAUAUACACUUUUAGUUUCUAUCAUAGCACAAAAUGUCUGCCGAUAUAAAUACCCUGACAAUUUGCAAUAGUAGACAACCCAAGGUAUUGCAAAUGGGGUAUGUCCAGUCUUUUUUAGUAGCCACUUAGUCACAAAUACUGGCCAAAUUUGGCCUUUUUUGCAUUUUUCACACACAAACAAAUACUAACGCUAACUUUGGCCAGUGUUUGUGACCAAAUGGCUACUAAAAAAGACUGGACAUACCCCAUUUGCAAUACCUUGGGUUGUCUACUAUUGCAAAUGGUAUGCCAUUAUGGGUGUAAAUUUGAUUCCUGGGCUACUAUACAGUCUCAAAGGUAACGUAACCAAUCUGUCGAAUUUCAAUUUCAAAUGUAACUUGCUAUAUUUGACCCUGUAACUUCCCAAAACACCAUAGAACCUGUACAUCCGGGGUACUGUUUUACACGUGAGACUUUGCUGAAUACAAAUAUGUGUAUUUUAUUGCAGUAAAAGCAAACAGUAUUAUGACAUUGACAGUUAAAAUGUCACGUAGAACUAAAAAAAUAAUUUAUUUUCUCCCAUUUUUUUCAUAUUAAAUUAUGUUUUAUAGCUAAAUAUUUGAUAUUAAACGAAAGCCCGGUUUCCCCUGAAUAAAAUGACAUAUAAUAAGGGUGGGUGCAUUUAAUAUGAAAGAGGUGAAUUACGGUUGGACAGACAUGUAGCGCAAAUGCCAGAUUUUGUUUACGUUUUGUUUUGUUCACAACGUGUACAUUUGGCUCAGUCCUUAAGGGGUUAAUUAGAGUACUAGAGCUGUGUAUAUUGGUUUUGUAUUUAUUUUUAUAAUAAUGUCUUAACCCUUGAAAUACACAAUUUUUCUUAUGGAAACUGCAUCAUAGCUACUCGUCAUAAGUAGGAUUUUCAUGUUCCUCUACUAAUGUUGUUGUACACACAUGAGCUGUUUUAGUCUGUUGAUGUCAUUUUUAAGGACGGAUGCCCAAAAGUGUACUAUGUACUCAAAAUAAGUUUAUAAAAUGGCUAAAGAAGGUUUUCAUCAUGUGAAAUGAUCAUACCUUACUGCAGGGCUUGACAAAUUUUCUUGGAAUCUAGGAGCCAGCUAGAAAAGUAAGGAGCUAGAGAAAUUAACGCCAAAAAUACAAUUCUUAAAGGGACACUAUAGUCACCAGAAUCACUACAGCUUAAUGCAGUUGUUCUGAAGUCUAUAUCCUGUCCCUGAACGCUUUUCAAUGUAAACACUGACUUUUCAGAUAAAAGGCAGUGUUUACAUUGCUGCCUGGUAACACCUCUAGCGACAGUCACUCAGAUGGCCUCUAGAGGUGCUUCCUGGGUCAGUGCUUAACAAUGUGCAGCACCUUUGUUAAUGUUCCCUAUAGAGAUGCAUUGAUUCAGUGCACCUCUAUGAGAAAUUUUAUUGGCGCAGUGGCAUUUGCCGUGCGUGCGCAAUAGUCUUCCAAUGCUUUCCUAUGGGGAAGCAUUGGAUUGGCUGAGAUCGUCAAGAUUCAUAAUCUGAGCCAUGGAGGUAGGGCCAGCCGCAGCAUCAUCAGCACGGCGUGGGGAAAAAAAGGUGAGUAAAAACACUCUCAGACAUACAGACGCACACUCACUCACACACACACAGGCACACUCACAUACAGACACAAACACACUCACAGACAUAGACAGACACAGACAGAAAAUCUCACCCACACUCACUCUCAGACACACAAACAUUUACUGACACAGAGACACACUUACUGACUCACAAGUAGUUACUUAUUUAAAUCCACCCAGCCUCCUUACUUUUGAAGAGCUGGAGUGGAUAGACUUUCCCUGGGGUCCAGUGGGGUUGCUGUCAUUUUCCCUACUCUCGCGCACUGUUUAGUGAGCCCAGGGCCGGAGUGAUGUCAUAACGGCAUCACUUCAAGCCACGCGAGGGAGGUGAGUAGGGAGAUUACAGCUCCCUCGCUGCGGCAUUGUCAUCCUAAAUGUUUAAAAAUAUCAGGAAGUAUUACUUUACUGAGAGGGUAGUGGGUGCAUGGAAUAGCCUUCCAGCUGAAGUGGUAGAGGUUAACACAGUGAAGGAGUUUAAGCAUGCGUGGGAUAGGCAUAAGGCUAUUCUAGCUAUAAGAUAAGGCCAGGAACUAAUUAAAGUAUUUAGACAAUUGGGCAGACUAGAUGGGCUGAAUGGUUCUUAUCUGAUGUCACAUUCUAUGUUUCAUCUCGAACACUCAUGAACAGCAUUUUAUUUUUGAUUUAGGAUGUGUCCAUUGAAUAGCAUAGCAAGUUUAGUGUGUGAAUGUGGAAGUAUGCUUGUGUGUAAUAUUUCUGUUUGUUUGUGAAGAGGUACACUAAUCAGCCACUAAACAUUAAAGUCCUUGACAAGUGCAAUGAGUAAUAUUGAUUUAUAUCAUUGCAAUGGCACCUGUCAAGGGGUGUGGUAUAUUAGGCAGCAAGUGAACAGCGAGUUCUCGAGUUUCGAAUGUCACAAGCAGGAAAAAUGGGCAAGCUAAAAGAUCUGAGUGACUUUGAAAACCGCCACAUAGUGAUGGUUAGGCGAAAUUGCAAGUCUUGUGGGUAGUUCCCAUUAUUCAGUGGUUAGUACCUACCAAAAGUGGUGCAAAGGACAAGUGGUGAACUGGUGACGGGGUCAUGGAUGCCUAAGGCUCAUUGAUGCAGGUAGGGAGCAAAGGCAAGCCUAUUUGGUCCGAUCUCACAGAAAAGAUACUGUAGCUCAAAAUGCUGGCCAUGACAGAAAUGUGUCAGAAGAUUCAGUGCAUCAUAGUUGCGUACGGGGCUGCCCUUGAAGACUCCUGUCUAUUGCGGAAAACACCUUCAAUGGGGACGUGAGCAUCAGAACUGGACCAGGGAGCUUUCAGGAUUACAGAUGAUCCAGCAUGCAGAAUAGUAUCACACCUAGGACUAAGCGUAACAUUGGACCUUACAAUGGCCGAACUUAACGUACCUGAGAAUAAUAAAUAUACUAGCCAAGGUCAGGGACACAGCGAUAAGGAAAAGCCAAUAGUUAAGGAUACCAGAAGUCAGGGCAGUCAAAACGAAGCCUAAGUCAAAAAACAGAAAUACAUGAAAUACAUGAUCAGGCACACAAUCUCGGAUAACCAUCUAAGGGAAACCACGACAGGGCACUGACCAAAUGCUAUUUUGAGUUUAAAUAACCCUCCUUAGUUUUAAUCUCAGCAUGCCAAAUUUUGCAAAACUUUAGCUGUAAAAUUCACUCCUUGCAAUAUUUGUUAUAUGUCUAAAAAUUCUUUGAAAUCCCAGACAAAUUGGGCAUUUUAACAAUCAGGAUUAAUUAGCUAAUCUAUUUUGAAUUGGUGUGUAGAAAUGUGUAAGUGUAAAACUGAGUUUAUUUAUUUAUUUUUAAAAUUUAUUUUUGUGUUAGGCCUACAUAUUAUGAAAACAUGCCAUUCCUCCAUUAAAAAUGUGUUUCAAAGCUGUUGUAUACACAGUUUCAAAAUGUUUAAAAUGGAAUGAGGCAAAAAUGUGAUUCUUAAACUAAUUUGCAUAUGCCCACCCAGAAUCCUUUGCGGUAGUAACAUCACUACAGAUUUGUGAUUUCUGUGGGAAAAGCAAGUCUUAUGGCUUGACUGGUGGUUUAACAUUGUAAUAUAUACAUAUUUUAUAUAAUGUAUUGUGGUGGAAUUUCGGUGAAUGUAAAUUUAGUAGGCCAAGAUUUCCAUGUGGCAUAUGUGUAUGUUGUGUCAGUUAGUCAGCUACACGUAGCUAGGAUACUGUCAUCAAUGUACUGAGCAUGUGCAGGAAUGCAGGAACUGAAAUUGCACUUAUUUCCUUUGUCUUGGAUGGGCCAUGUGGUUUGACUAGAUGUACAAGUCUAUAUUCUGCUCAUUGAUUGGUUAAAGGUAUAUGUGGGUGUAGCUAUUAAUGGGAGGAGUUAUAGUGCUAUAUAAGGAUUGUACACCAUGUGUUGGUCUCUCAGAUCUUUUGGAACAGGAGUUCAUCUGAGACCCGAUCGGUAAUGUGAAUAAAGGCCUCUUACUUCCUGAAGACUUGUGUCCAUAUCUCUGUGUUUGGCUUCUGCAUGCUUACACUGCAACAGUAUGGGUGCAUUUAAACAAAAAGGGGUACAUUUGUGGUAGUGUGGGAAAAGUGCCAAACUGUCUUUGUCACAAAGUUGUUGCAUCUCAAAAGAGCCUUGGUCCUUAAGGGCUAAAGCAGUUAAUAAAUGACAAUUACACCGUACGCUUGAUUAUCUUUAAAUCUUGCAUUAUUUACAUCAUGCGCAUGGAUAAGCAGUACCAAAAGACAAGGUCAUAUUUUUUCGUGUGAGCUGUGAACCUGAUCAGUGAGGUGUGACUUGUAGUUUAGUUGUUUUGCUCUUGAUACAUCGGUCCUGGUAUUUUUACUGACCAUUUUCAGAGAUAUUUCAUGAAAGUUUGUUUGACAUAUGCUUAUGAUUAGACACAGCACUGUGGUCUUAACUAACAGAUCUUUUAAAGGAGCACUCAUAGAAACCCACCAUCUACAUAAUUUGUUGUAAUAGUGCAAUAAGAAGAUUAAAAAAUGCCCGUUAAUCGCCUGGCUGUAAAAGAAUACCAAUGAUCUUUUGCAAUUAUGCAACCAUGAAAUGCUAAGACCUGUCAACCAAUCCAAGUGCUGGGUUCAGUCUGCAGUUUAUUGGAUUGACAAAUCAGCUGAUGUUGGGGUAGAUCCUUUUGUUCUAGUAACCACUGACCCUAGGCUGCUCUGAUUCAAUACAAAUUGAAAAUCCCUCUGCAAGCAUGUGGAAAUCUUUAAUUAUUUUAAACACAUUCACAUUAUCAAUCAUAGCAAUUAAAUCUUCACAUCGAGGGGGAGAAUUAUCAGUCUUUUAAAAUUUGCCUUUUAUUUUUUGUCUCUAAUUCUUUUUAAUUGUUUGAAAAGUGGUCUAAAGAGGGUCAGUAUUUCUCUGCCUAUGUUUUGUUUUUGCAGAAAAAUCCACUGCACAAAAGACUACCAAAUUUAGAGUGGCAAACAUAAGUGACCCACAACACUUUUCUGGUGGAAAAACUGUCGCCAAAUAUUUGGACGGCAUUUAAAAUACAUCCAAUUGGUGGUAUAAAAAGUUUUUUCAUAUGUGUAUUUGCAUUUUAUAUGCAAAGAAAACAAAAGUCCAAAUGCAGUGCUUCCCAACUUUUUUUCCACUUGUAUACCCCCUGGCAGCGCGUUUCCAUAAAGUAUACCCCUCAUAUUGGCAAAAUGUUUGUAAUUAACUUAUUUGAAAUACCAACUAUAUUAUUUUUGUUUUCAACUGCCCCAUGCUCCCAAGAUUCUCCUCUGCCUUAGGCUCCCCUAUUCUUCCCAUGCUCUUCUUCUGCACCAGGCUCCCCCUGUUUCUACUCUGCCCCAGGCUCCCCUGUUUCUACUCUGCCCCAGGCUCCCCUGCUUCUACUCUGCCCCAGGCUCAUUUGUUCAAGUUUUGGAUGUAAACAAAUCUUUCAGGGUUAUUCACUAAAAUGAGACUACCAAAACAGACAUAACUGAUCAAAGGUGACAUUUAGGGAACGGUACACAUUCGGGAAUGGGAACAGUGAAGCACUCUGUGGCAAGAUGGGACUUUCUCCAUGAUGCAGAGUUUAGAAAGUUUACCCACAUGGCAGUCCAAGAUUACUGUAUAUAAAAUGCCCAAUUCACCCAUCAGAACUGUUUGCAUGUCAGCUUCAACACUUCUUUACUCAAUAGCUGGGUUAACUACAUGGUGAGCUCAGGUGCCAGCCUAGAAAGCGGAGUUAGAACGUUUCCCCAUAUAACUCUAAAAACUGAUUUAAUAUUACAUUACUGAAUUUUAUUGAGAGGUGAAUCCAUUAAGUGCCCUCAUCCACCUUCUGGACUUAAAUUGGCUGGCUGCUGGAGAGGGGCAAUAGCGCUCCUUAUUGGCUGGCGGCUGGAGAGGGUUGACUUGUGGAUGCUAUGCUCCUCAUUGGCUGGUGGCUUCCAUUUCCAAGUGGAUGCGGAAGUCAGUUUUGUCAUUGUGGAAUUUUGUUUUGCGUACCCCUGGGAGUAUGCAUACCACAGGUUUGGAACUGCUGUCAUAAUGCAAAUUCUGCUGUACUACCCAAAUUAAAAGGGACACUUUGCACAUUUAAAAAAAAAAAUUAGCUAUAUAAUGUACCAAACAAAACAAAUUACAUUUCCAUUAGCCAUGCUGCACGUAGCUCAGUCAAACUGGAUGGUAUUGAAAAUCAUGGUUUGCUUCACCGUUUCCAGCAGUGUAAUAAUUAUUCAGCAUGGAUGUAUAUAUCCUCUGCUGCUUCUUUUACAAAUUUGCUAUUUUUGUUUAUUUGAAUAAACGAUUUUCCAAUCUCUAAAAUAUACAUAACAUUUAACAUUAUUCACUUAGGUCUACCUGUAUCCCAGAUUGCAAAUUGUGAAGACAAUCUCAAUUCUGGAAUUCACUAGACUGGUGCACAAAUGUGUCCUGCUAAUCUAUGCCUAAACUAAUUAAUCCACUUGGGAUUUAAGUAAUGGAUUGAUUUAUUCAGUUAUAGAAUAUUCACAAAAUCAAAGUUAGACAUUAGCCUAAAAUAGAGUUACAAUUCUAAAGAAUUCAUUGGUCACCAAUAAAAUUAAUUAAGGAGAGGUCAAAAUCUUGUGAAAAAUAUGUAAUUUGAGCAUUUAUCAAACACCAACUACCCUCUACCUUUAAAUUUGUGUGUUUAUAAUUCUCUCUUUGCCUGAAUUUAUGGUGGGAACGUGCAGAAAUUACAGUCAUAACAAAAAAUGUUAAAUAAUUAACCAAGGGCCUUCUGAAUCCACUCAAGACAUGAGUGACCAUGUGAUAUUGCACCUCCCUAAAAUUUAUUUACAUCAUAAACCAGAUAUGUGAGGGUUUUGAGAGUCUGCUGUUUUAUUUGAGAUUUCAAUCUUUAUCAAACUUCUGUUCUUUUAAUAAACAUAUGGAAACAUCUUUGGGGUCCAUUCACUUAAUAGUUACUUGAAAACUUUUAGUUAAAAUAAAUUCAUUUAUUCAGUGUGUUUAAAUUAAAAAAGGGUACGUACAAGGUGAAAGUGAUACUGUGGUCCUUUACCUAAAAACAGUACGUUGAGAAAAUUUUAUGUAGCAAGUUUCUUUCUGUUGUAAUAUUCUAUGCUUCUUUUGUAGAGUUUCACCUUCGAUUGUGAAAUCAGUGUGGUCUUUGAAUGGAAACAGGCUAUGUGAGCAUCAAGAUUUCCAGCCAGACCUUAAAAAACCUGCAGACAUGACUGUUCUGCCAAAUAAUUUUUAUGAGAACAUAUCAAGCACGGAGACACAGAAAAUGGAGGAGUUCUAUGAUGGACUGAGCGUUUUAGUGCAAGAUGAUCAAUGGCUAUACUCUUGCAUAACUAAUAAUGCAAGCUCCUGCAAUGAUAAGUCUGAACUGGCUUUCCAUGAAUACCCAUUUGACAAGAAUGGCUUGAGAUUUUCAGCAGCUCUUCCUGAAGCUAGUAAGGACAAUUCACAAAAGAGAACAGACCUUUCUCAGUUUGAUAGAUACAGCACUGACACAGAUCUUGGUCAGUAUGACUUUUUAAACUCUAAUAAAACAAAGCAAGGUAAAUUUUCCACAUUGAACCUUCAAGAUUACAAAAAGGCAGCAAAUGGCAACAUGCUGCCAGGUUUGGAUACCAACAGCUACUCCAAGUUAUUUCAAGUGGCAGCAAGCUGCCCAAAACAAGAUAGUAUCAUGCCAGAGCAACAGAAUUACCAAUUUCAAAAGGCAAUGUUGUCAGACAGAGUUUACCAAAAGGAUUCUUCAUUCACAUCUGACUUCAGCACCAAAUCAGACUAUGGACCGAAAGCAUCCACUAUGUUGGAAGGAAACAUUGGACUUGCUGGUAGCCAACAUACACUGCACCAACAAGAUUCACAAAAUUCAGACUACAAACCGUUUUACUUUGUCUCAUCUGUGCCAGGUGCUAAUUCGGUCAGAUCCCCGUGGAUAAAUGGUCUCACCGAGAAUAAUUCUUCUUUUACAUAUUAUGGUAAUAGUACAGUGAUGGCAUCAAGUGGUAAUUUAUCCGCAUCAAACAAAAACUCUUGUCAGAAUUCUAAUUAUUCUAUAGGUCCCUCGUCACUAGCAUCUGCGGAUACUUCUUUCCAGAAGUACUGUCAGGGUAAUACAGCGUUUCCUGUCUUUGAAUAUGGUUUCAAUGGUAAAGAGAAUAUGCAAAGGGGACCUUGCAAGAAUGUUGAUGAUCGACUUUUUAACGCCAUGGCAGAAAGAAAAUUCAGUGCAUUUUGUGAAAAUAUGCCAAGUUACUAUAAAUCAUUAGACAGCACUGGAAAACAAAACAUGCAGUAUUGUACUGAGAAGAAUUUAGAGAGUGUAUGUAAAAAUGAUAUAAAUUUGAUUGAGAAUACAGUUAACAAUAAAUGUCAUACACAACAAAGUGGUGAUGGUAUUAUUCUGAACAGUAGCCGACUUCCCUGCUCAAAGACUGGAUGCUUUUCAAACACACUUAUGAUGGGGGAAAUGCAGCCUAACAAAUGCAACCAGGUGUCUUCUACCAAUUACAAGUCCCAUUUUUCACAUAACCUCGGGCACCCUGUCUUCCCCAUCGUGGAUUGUCAUGAAACAUAUACUCAUGAAGAUCUUGGCCAAAUGUAUCCCCAUGUCGCUGAUUUGAUUCAUGGAGAAUCCACUUUUAGUAGCAUAACACCAGUACUCAGCCAGAGGCCGAUUAAAUCUAGAAGCAUGCCUGAAAGUGAAAUCCACAUUUGGCUGGAGAAUUGUUAUGAGCAGUUGAGAGCAAUGGAAAAAGAAAGGAAAAAGGUACAAUAAGUUUACAUUGUGGGUAAAUAAACACAAUAAAAGUCAAUAUACAUUGUAAAGAUUUAGGAAUGCUGGGAUCCAAGAGUCAAAAUUCCACUUUCCCACAAGCCAUUGGUGAAUGGAAAUUCAGCCGUGGAAAAUGUGCAAUGUUCCAUACAAUUUCUGUGCGGAUCCUUAAUGCUUUUUCCAAGCAGCAGCUUGUUAACAGUGGCUGCACAGCUUAAGCUGCCUGCCAUCAGAUUUAUGCUUCCUAUUUAAAAUCAUCUAAAUUAUUAUUUUUAAUAAUGAAAUUUCAAUUAUUUAUCUGGCUGAGCAGCCAAGCUGUGUUUAAUUCUACACCUACACACAAUGUUAAAAGUCAAAAUAAAAUCCUUAACCCUUUAAGGACACAUGACAUGUGUGACAUGCCAUGAUUCCCUUUUAUUCCAGAAGUUUGGUCCUUAAGGAGUUAAAGGACCACUAUAGGCACCCAGACCACUUCAGCUCAAUGAAAUGGUCUGGGUGCCAGGUCCCCUUAGUUUUAUCCCUGCAGUUGAAAACAUAGUUUCAGAAAAACUGCUAUGUUUACAAUGCAGGGUUAAUCCAGCUUCUAGUGGCGGUCUCCCUGACAACCACUAGAGUCGCUUCUGCGAUUGACAUAGAGUAAAUCGCACUUAUUUGACACUGGACUUCAUCACGGACCUCCAGCGUCAAAAAAAUCCCCAUAGGAAAGCAUUGAGUAAUGCUUUCCUAUUGGCGGGUUUGAAUGUGCAUGUGCCUCUGGGCGCACAUGCGCAUUUGGCUCCACUUAGGAGCUGACGUUGGUGGGGGAGGAGAUGUCAUCAGUGCCGAGGGAGCCUGGUGCUCGAUUAAGGUAAGCUAACCAUUUGGUUAGUUCACCAAUUAUUUGCCGCGGAAGGGGCACGAGUCACUGUUUAGGUGACUAGGGCUCUAUAGCGUUAGGAACACAUACUUGUAUUCCUAAUGCUAUAGUGUUCCUUUAAUUGAGCAUCCUCAUCCUAAAAUAUUUAAUUGAACAUUUUGUAUUCUUUUCAGACGGAAUCGAUUCUUGUAAAGCAUUAUCCAGGGAAGAAAGUGUCCAGCUCAAACAACAUUCCCAUCCCAAGACUCAGCACUAACCCUUCCAGAGUCGAUCGUUUGAUUGUGGACCAGUUGCGUGAACAAGCCAGGGUAAAUGGGAUACAUUUAUUUGAUGCUCACUUUCACUAUUUACUUUUCUUACAUUAAUAUAUAUCUUUGUAGUGUGUGUGAGAUCAGAGGGUUGUUUCCUUUUUUAAAAUUUAUUUCAUUUUGUAAAUGUAUGAUUGGUUUUAUAUAUAAAAUUAUAUUUCUCUUCCUGUUAUGAGAAGAUUUGCCAAAGCAUCCUUUUGCGUUGGUAAAAAAAAAACCCAAAAACCUGUAAGUAGAUCAAGAAUUUGUAUAAAAUAGGAAGCAUAUAAAAAAAAAAAGUAUAGUCAAUCACGGAAGUUAAAACAGCUGAGAUAGUUGUAAACCCAAGAGAGAUGUUUGUUGCUUACAUUUCUCUUACUUUUAUAUUUUAUAUCAGGAUUUGUUAAGUAGUGUUCAUAAUCUGAAACAGCUACUUAUUAUUCCUACAAAUUCUUGUUCUACUAUAUAGUGAUGUGAGGGAUUACAUCACUACUGUGGUUUUUAAUAUACAUAGAGAAGUAUUAUAACCAAAAUAAGACUCAAGCUUAGCAUUUUUGUUUUAAAUAAGCUUACCUGUGGUUGUUACAUUACCAUGCCAUCUUUCAGUUUAACACUUUUGGCACUAUACAGUGAUGAUUUGUUUCUAUAAAGCAUUCUUUUGAAUACAGGUUGCAACACUGUUUGGUAAAAUGGAGCGCUUCCACAGCUCCCCUCUUAGUGCGUACAUUUCCACAACCCUGGACCACCACCUGGAGGCAAUUCACAUUGUGCAAGCACAUCGCAAAGACGAGAUCACCAAUGCAUCAAACCGCCAGAGACCAGGAGCAUCUCGUCACCAAGAUGACAGAGGUAGUCAACGUAUUCGACCUAUGAGAUCUGGGGAGCAAUAGAAUAGUUCAAUAUUAGACUAUUUAAGACAUCUAAUGGAAAAAGUCAGUCAUGGAAAAUGACAUUUAGAACAUAGUCAUAUGCCUGACAGCUAUAAAUCCCCAACUGCUAUCUGCAUGUUCCUUUUGCAUUCCCAUCCAGGACAGAAUGUGAUUUCAUGUAUAGUUGUUGAGAGUUCUGUAGGUUAGUUUUGGUAUUUUAACUAUAAUACUUGAGGGUUUGGGAAGCCAUUGUAAUGAUUGUCAAUUGAGGAGGCAUAUGUUAGGAUUGGCAAGUAAUAAAGAUAUAGCUGGUGGUCGCAUUCAUUGUAGAUUGUAGCAGAGCAAUGUAGGACUAAUAUAAACUGAUGAGGAUUGGGUUGCAGUCAUACAAAUGGAGGAUAUAUGAGAGUGAUGAAUAUUAUGAGAAGUAAAAGUUAGACUAAAGUACAAAACCAAAGUCUAUAAAAUGGUAUAAUUGGAAGCCUAUACCUAUCAGUGGAGCGCUGAGAUAUAUAAGGGGGUAAACUUACCCCACGUGGUAUGAAAAGAAGCGUGGUUGGUAAUAUACCGUAUAUACUCGAGUAUAAGACGACCCGAGUCGAGACCCCUAAUUUUACCCCAAAAAACUGGGAAAACUUAUUGACUUGAGUAUAAGACUAGGGUGGGAAAUGCAGCAGCUACUGGUAAAUUUCUAAAUAAAAUUAGAUCCCAACAAAAUUACAUUACCGUAAUUGAAUAUUUAUUUACAGUGUGUGUGUGUGUGUGUGUGAUGCAGAGCCUUGGUGGGUGGUGGGCAUUUUUAUUAUUUUUUUAAGAAUUAUUAUUUUAAUAUUAAUUUUUUUGGUUAUAUUAUUAAUAUAUAUUUUUAAAUAUUAUUAAUAUUUUAUUUUUUUAUUUACAUUUUUAUUUAUUUUUUUCGUCCCCCCUCCCUGCUUGUUAGCUGGCCAGGGAGGGGGGCUCUCAUUCCCUGGUGGUCCAGUGGCAUUGGCUGUGUAGGAGGGGGGCUGGCAGCGAGCUGGACCACCAGGGAAUGAGAGCCCCCCUCCCAGGCCAGCUAAGAAGCAGGGAGGGGGGACGAAAAAAAUAAAUAAAAAUGUAAAUAAUAAAAAAAUAAAAUAUUAAUAAUAUUAACAAAAAAUAUUAAUAAUAUAACAAAAAAUAAUAUUAAAAUAAUAAUUAAAAAAAAAUAACCCGUGGCAACGCUCUGACCCUGCGGCUCUCGCAAGACUUACACUGGAGGAGACGGGAGCUGACCGAGGAGAGAGAAGGGAGCUGACAGGAGCUGCUGUGAAGGUAAGUAACAGCUCGCUGCCAGCCCCCAACAGGACCGCCGGGCUUGUAAUGAGCCCGGUGGUCCUGGUCUGUAUUAUGGCAUUGUAAGUUGCCAUAAUACAGACAUUGACUCGAGUAUAAGUAGAGUUGGGGUUUUUCAACACAGAAAAAGUGCUGAAAAACUCGACUUAUACUCGAGUAUAUACGGUAUGUAAAAGAGAUAAGAAACACAAUUAGUGCAGAUGGUACAUAGAAUGAAAAUGAAAUGGUGGUGAAAAAGGGAACACUCACAUUUAAAGGAGCCUGUGUAUAAAUACUGGUAUGCUUUUAAGGCAGCAUCACACCUUCAAUCCACUGUAUAUUGUAUCUCAAUGACAAAAAACAUGGAGAGAAGGGAACAAAUGUGCAGUCUAUUUUAAGACAUUAAUCCACAGUCGGCGGGACAAGCAUUUCCGCCAACCAUCACUGCCCACCAAUGAAAUUUAAGGUAGUAAAUGGCGCCAAAUUUUGACCAAUAACCUACAUAACUACACUGUCUGCACAUCAUAAUCACAAUUAUAGGUGUCUCCAGGACUUUGCUAUUGGAUAAUUACAAACACAUGUGACUAGAGGGGAAGAACUACAAGACAUUUAAAAAUGAAAGCUUCACAGGAUCAGACCCACAGCUUACUGAGGAAGCUGUACAAGAGUGAACGCGUUUCGGCAAAUUCCGGACUCUUCUAUUUAUAUAUUUUAUUUAUUUACUAUAUCUUCUAUGUUAAACUGUUUAAAUAAAUUUUAAUAUAUUUUAAGAAGUCCUCUGGAGCCUAUUGAAUCUACAUAGGGCCAGUGCCAUCCCCCCAAAUUUUGGCACUGGCACUAAGAUAUUAUACCUCAGAGCCAGGAUUUCUAGGCUCUGAGAAAGGUGAGCAUUUUACUUAUUUCACCUGCCACAUCACCUUAAAACAGACUUCACAUUUGUUCCCUUAUCUCCAUGUUUUUUUGUUUUUGAGAUGCAAUAUACCAUGGAUUGAAGAAGUGAUGCUGCCUUAAAAGAAUACAAGCUUGAUUACGGAGACAGUGUACAUAUACACAGGCUCCUUUAAGUGUGUGUUCCUUUUUCACAACCAUUUUAUUUUCAUGUACCAUCUGCACUAUAUUGUGUUUCUUAUCUCUUUUACAUAUAUUACCAACCACGCUUGUUAUACCACAUGGGGUAAGUUUACCCCCUUAUAUAUCUCAGCGCUCCACUUAUAGGUAUAGGCUUCCACUUAUACCACUUUAUAGACUUUGGUUUUCCUGGGUAUAGACAAGAGGAUAUUUCAACACAAGUGUUUAGAGCUGCUGUAAUUUAGAUCUUUGAUUUUAGCCCAUUGUUGGACUAACACACAUUCCUCCCAAAGGAGGUACACGUCACUUAAACUAAAAAUUAACCCCCAAGUCAAUUAGCUUGCAGGAUUCCAAUGACCUGCAGGUAGAAUUAAAAUAAACUGAAUUGCAAUGUUGCAUAGAGGCUGUUUUACUCAAAUCCAAAGAAAUGUAAUAAGGUUUUCAAGAGAGUCAGUAUCACGGAAUUACAAAGAAGGUACCAAAAACAGUCUUGGGGGAUUCAAGCCGAAAUCGGUAGCGGGGAGGAGGGGCCAGAAAAAGUAGAUACUAAAGUAACCAUGGGAGAGGUAAGAUGAGUACCAGAAAAGGACAAUGUCACAAAAUUUGAGUGUGUUCAACAGUAUCAAAAGGCAAUAUCGUGCUUCCACUUACUAUUUUUUUCCAUCACUUCCUCUCUCCAUAGGUUUUUUCGUGCUUGCUUCCUCCAUCAAAGAGUUGUCCAGGGCUACUUGCAAUACACGAACAGCGCUGUGUUGUGCACUGCAAAUGACUCUACUCAAGACACAACACAAGGAUAACACCAGGGAUCUGGAGAAGGUAGAUCAGAACAAUGUGAAAGCUUAACUUAAAAUCUAACUGCAGUUUGUAGACACUACUAAUGUACCGGACUGAAAACUGCACUUGUUUUAUUGAGAUAGACAAGUGUAUAUUUUAGCAUAUAUUUGUAUUUUUAAUAUUUGAUUUUCUGUUUCCCAGUAUGACUCAAGUAUCUUUCCUAAUGAUCUGCAUUACAACUUACCUAAUCAACAUGCAAAUUGCCCAAAAUAAUUAGUUUAAUUUAAUGAAUUGAACUACUGGUAUCCAGAUCAAAUUAUUCCCCUGAUGCUUAUAGAAGUAGAACUGUAAUAAUGCUAAUCUCUUAAACAGAUUUGACUCCUUAUAGAUAAAUCUAUACCUAACUGAUGGGAAUCUUGUCAUCCACGUGUCUUGUGGAAGAAAGCUUCACUUUAAAUACUUGCUGAGAUAUGAUUAAUAGCAGCUCAUCCCUUCUCUAUUUAAAAUGGAUCACACAGAUGAUGAAUGUACAUUUUUGUUUGAUUGUUUAUUUUGUUUGUUUUGUUGAACCCUAAUGGUUGAUUUCACAAAGGCCAUCAGUGAUUGCAGAAUUGGGCCUCUAUUUAUUAAUCGCAACUUGUAAUCUCACAUACAAAAUAAUUUAAAGCAUUGACGUAUUUAUUGUACUUAAUAUUUGCAGAACAUAAUUUGAAUCUCCAGAGCUGUGAAUGAAGAAUAUGUGUGAGUGUGUGUAUAUAUUGUUUAUUCACAAAACACUGAAAUUAAGUGAAUCGAAAACUGAAUUGCAAAAUGUAGGCAAAAGAAGCACAGUUGGAAAAAUCUCAAACACCACUGUAGCAUUUGGCUAAAUAUUGCAAUUUCAUUUUUAAACAACAAUUUGGUGUUGCGUCUUUUUUUUUUUUUUCUCUUCAUGUUGGGAUGAGUUGUUUUUUUUUUUAGGUUAGUAAAUUACAAUGAAAAUAUGAUUUUAAUUUACAUAUUGCUUCUAAUAAGCUGAACACAGCUGUAAGUGAUCCUUAAGCAGAUCCAUUUGCUGCAUUUUACUAGUUUUAAAAUAUUUAACAAAAUAAUCAAAAAUCUUAUACUUUUGAACAGUCAUUCUAUAGAUAAUUUACAGAAAUAAUGACAGCACCCAAUUAAUUCAUUUAGUUUUGCAUAAUUUAGAAAAUAGGUUCUAAGAUAUUAUUUUUCCUUUAUUUAAAAAUGUUGCAGUUUAAAAUCCGAUUAAAAUGGAAUCGGAACAAUUAAAAUCCAUGUUUUUUUUUUUUUUUUGCAGUUGCAGCAUUACUAUACAUUUUUUUUUUCUGUGCUAUUUUUUUUUCACUUAUGUUAACCCAACCCCAGUUUUGCAACACUUGAUAAUUUGUGCUUAUACUGCAUUUAUCAUAUAAACUAUAUGAAACACAUAACUUAUUGAAUGAGAAUACCUCUAUCGCAUCACUCCUCAAUAUUCCAAAUUUAACUGCUCCAGUUAUCAAUUUCAGGUAGGAUAACUGACUGAAUUUUUAAAAAGUAUAUCUUUUGACACUGCAGAGUUAACCAGAGUGGUUAAAAAGCAGAACUCUGUACCAUUAGUGUAGCUUGAUCAUUGAUUCAUACAGUCACCUGCCUUAGUGAGUGAAGUACUCACGGCAGAGAUGCAGUAUUUAGUAUUGUUUGAGUAAAACAGUUAAACUGAUAUGUUUAGACAACAUUGAGUGAAUUGCAAUUGAAUUUAAUGUAUAAUGUGUACUGUUAACAAUUUUAAAUAAAUAUUUCAUGGUUAUUUGAAAAUGUUGAAGUCUGGUUUUAUUUGUUAAAUAAUUGUUUAUUGUACCAAUAAUUUUCAAAAUGCAUUUUCCUUUGUAUUGAGUUUUUUGGAAUCUUUUUUUUCCCCAAGUAAUUUUGAUAAUCUCUUACAAAGUGCCCUCCGUCCCCUCCAUUUUUGUGUUUAAUUUUAUAAAUGCAGGGCUCGAUCACUGUUCUUCACUAAAGCAAAAUUUGUCUGGAAUACAAUAAGAAUUUAAAAUGUAAGGCCAACAUAGCUGACUUGGGAAUUUUUUUUAAUUCAGCUAUUUUUAAAAUUUGAAAUACACAUUGAAUUCCCACAAUUCACAUUUUGGUGAAAAACCCUGUAAUACUUGACAAGGUUUUUUUCAUACUGUAUUUUGUGAUUGUAUUGUAACUAUUCAUUAGCAUCAAUACCCACCAUUGUGUGUAUUUUUUUUUUUUAUUGUAGCAUUUGCAUAUUUAAACAAUAAUUCAAGGAGCAUGAACCACCACAUUUGAAGUGCAACAUUUUGCUACUAGGUAACUAGAAAAUGACACACAAAUCAUAAACAGAAACAUAUGUCAAUAAAAUUGGAAAACUAUAAGAGUCGUUGAGAGCUAAGGGUUGCAUAAGGUCAAGCUGAGUACACAAGGUUAGAGAGGUUUAAAAGCCUACAUUGUCACAUUUGGGGUGAAACCUGUAGGUCAUUAUACUGGUAUACUGAGUGUAACAUAUAGAACAUAAACCAUGUCUGUAUGGUCAGACUAUCAUAGGAGUAGUGUCAGCUAAGAGUUGCACAGUAUUAUGAAUACACGCUAUGCCAAAUAGAUUAGAAUAAAGACACUGUAAUUCUGCCGAAUACUAAAAACAUGGUUAAUAAUAAAGAAACAAAGAACUUUGCAGUAAUAAAGGAUAACGCUGGAAUAUGUAAAAACUCUGCCUGGUUAUAUUCAACCUUUGCCCCAUAUUCAUUCAUGUGUCGAGUACUGCUCCUCCGCUUGCAAUCUUCAAAUGCUGAAAGAACAUCUGAGCUACACAUAUGUGUAAUAGGUUCAGACUACUGUGCCAGCUGUUCUCACCACCUUGAGCACAGGCCUUAAUUGGAGCCAAUUCCAUGUGUCCAGAGAUUCUCUUGCUCUAAGUGGCAGGAUCACGAGCCCGCAGGGCCUCCUGAACGAGGAGAGCUCCUUCAGUGUGUGGACCGCAGGGUGGAUGCAGCUCCACAUGGGCCCCCAGCCCAGAGGAGAAUCGGUGAGCUGGAGUGGUUGCCCGAUUCGUCUGUGAGACACGUGACGUAA